CGGCCUCGCUUUGAAAUAAAUAUGCCAUUGUAGCUUCUAAGGUUACCGCAUUUUUGUACAUCAAUGGAUAUAGCUAAUAAGUAAUGAAAUCAUAUCUAAAAAAAGGAUUUUUUUAAAUCAAUUUAAGAUUAGUAACAGUUGGAUGAAGUCAGGAAGUUAUUUAACUGUACAGAGAUUCAGCUAACAGGUCAGCUUGUUUACGGAUAGCAAUGUCAAACAACGAUGACGCCAGUGAAUGUCAAUCGUUGUCAACGGAUGCUUUACCUAUGGCGCCGAGACAGUUGCCGGUAGACAACAGUCAACCUAUACCACCUAGAGCAAAUGAAGAAAACCAAGAUGAACAAUCAAGUACAGAACAUCUUCAACAGCCAACACAAUCACCUUUCAAUCUACCAAACCCUCCAACUGAUUGGAAUUUUAAUAUUUUCCUAAACAAAAUAGCAGACAGUUUAACAAUGGAAGAUCUUGUGAAUAUGAAAUGGUUCUUUGAAGGCGAAGGCGGUCUAGGGAAAGGGGUUCUUGAAAAAAUUAAGACGCCACAAGAUCUAUUUCGAAUAAUGAGAACAAGAGGUUACAUUACUCGAGAUAACUUGUUAUACCUUCAAGGAAUUUUGUACCAGGCAGGAAGAAAAGACCUAAUACAGGACGGGGUCGAAUAUGCAAAAUCUUUGGGCAAUGUAGUGCAUUUCUAUGCUCCAACAUAUUUACCAGAAAAUGGUUACAAAUAUGUAAAAUUUCAUGUUGAUGGUAAAGAUUUCACAAAUUACUCACGGAAUGAUGUAGAAAAUCUUCGACGUAUUGUGUCUGCUAUCUUGUUUGUGCCACAACAUUUUGUGUUUAUUUGUGGCAUUGAACCGUCUUCUAGUUUGGUCAUUACGCUGAUGAUCCCAGAUCUUUAUGUGGAGAUACUACAAGAAAUGCUCGAGGAUGGUGAUGUUAUGACAACUCUUCAUGAAACUGGUGUCGAUAUAAUUGAUAUAAAUGGACAGACAUCAUACAACAUCAAAAAAGGUACUGGUGAUACUAAUACUGUUGAAAGGGAACAAGAAAUAAAACUAGUCAAUGUUUAUGAGCAACUUAAACAAACCCAACAAAGCCUGGAUACUAGCGAAAUGACAUGCAUUGACCUAUAUAGACAAAUUGACGACAUGAAACACACAAUAGACGAGACAAAAGAAAACCUAAGCAAUAUGGAAAACAAGGUGUAUGCGUUAAAGAAAGUAUUAUCAAUGUCAAAGGAUGCAACGGAACCUGCAUCUCUCAAAGAACUAAGUAGCCUGGAAGAUUUUACCGAGUGUCUUGACCACUUCAGAGCACAAAAUAUUGACAAAAAAGUAGUACGGCGUAUGUUAGAUGCCACGGUCAAUAUUGUUUCAAACAGGGUACGAGAAAGUCAUAGAAUGCAAGAAGAAAACCUGAUACUUGGUUUACAAGACAUGCAAUCACAGCUUAUGCCAUUGAAAUUUGAGGUUGAGAAAUUCAAAUUCCUUGACAGUUUAAGCAAGAUUGAUAAAUCUGUUUUAGGAAGAAUGCAGGAACUCUUGAAACCAUUCAUAGGUCAAAGAGAGGUUUCAUUGACACCGCUUGGAAUGCAAAUGCUGGCAAAUAUAAGCAGUAAACUACACAAAAAAGAAAAGGAAAAGUUAAAGAAGAAAUAUCAAUGGACUCCAAACGGUGAAAUCGAACGAUUUAUGGAACAAGAUCAGAACCUUUUACUCGCUGGAAUAUUUUACAAAGAAAUAACAACUAAGCAAACUGAUAUCAAUUUUGAAUCGUUCAUAUCACAGUGUCUUUCUGAAGUUGGCAGAGAGGAUUUAAAAACGUUCUUGGAUCCUAGACAUUAUCUAAGUCACCCGAGUCCAAGAAACGCUGCUGAAGCAAAGGAUGCAGCUCAGUGGCAAACUUUAUAUAUGCAGCAGCAGCAGCAGCAGGAGCAGCAGCAACAAAAGCACCAGCAACAAAAGCACCAGCAACAACAAAAACAAGCACAUCAUCAAGGUCAUAGGCAGAAACAAGGCGAACAGCAGAAUCAGCAGCAGGUUAUAAACCGUAUGGCGCUACAGAUAGAAGAAAUGUACAGUUUGAUGCUGACAAGACAGAAAAUGUUUGAACCCAAAUUAGAUAACUGGAAAUCUCCCAUAUUUCCAUUUUCAUCUGAUGCCUUUCAACAGAAAUAAAGUAUUCAACAUCUGAAUAUACAGUGUCACAAUAAGCGAUUUAUUACGCGAUUAAAGUUGCCUGUGAAACAUUUUAGUUUUAAAAAAACAACAUCUAUACACAUAUACUGACAAAAAUCAAACUGUGAAUGUAUUUCUAUUUGAAAUGAUAAAUUUGUCGUUUACCCCGUGUAAAUGUGUUUGAAACAAUUUGAUGACAAUCGCCACAUCAGUGUUGUUUGGUCCUAUGGAGCCCAUAAAAUGUUGCCCCAUACAUUUAAUCAGACAUAUUUUCGAUCCUCUUUUGUGUCGCCUCUACAGUCACAAAACUUGUCUGGACUACUCCUCAACAUCUACAGCAGCAAUUUCGUCCAAACUCUUUCGUCGGCAUUUUCUUGUUCAAUGCUUUUGUCAAAGUUACGGCCCUUCACUUAUUUUGAUUUUUAAAGUUUGUCCGGACUACUCCUCUUGUACCACUUAUGUAGUUCCAAUGAAAAUUUACAAAAUUGAUCUGUAUCUCAAGACUAGUACUUUCGCAUAUUACACGGGUUUUCCGGUUGAAUGUUUUUUUGGCUUAUUAAAGUCAUUUUAGUGUUGCAAGCUACACAGAAGCUUGUCCGGACUACUUUUUAGAAAAAAAACUUGUGCAAUUUCAUCCAAACUUUACAGGAAUUAUUGGUGCCACGACUUGUUGUGCAUAUCAUCGAAAUUGUAUGGUUCAAUGAUUUUGGUAGAGUUGUGACCCUUAAUAUAUUUUUUUAACUUUGUACGGACAACUCUUAUAGAUCUACCACUAGUACAAUUUCAAUGUGAAUUUCUUGUGGAUAUUAAGAGUUUUUCGCCUUAAUGAUUUUUGACCGAGUUAUGGCCCUUCGUGUACCACUAAUGCAAAUUCAAUGAAACUUUACAUGAUUAAUUGGUAGCUCAAGUACUUGCGCAUAUUACACAAAGUCCUCGGUUGAUUUUUUUACCGAGUUAUGGCCCUUUAAUACAAAAUGCGUUUUGCCCUGUUAUUGAUGUUUAUGUCUCCCGCUACGUAGUAGCUGCAACAUGCAAUUUGCUAUCCUGAGGCGACACAUAUGAUCACUGAUUGCUUUUAUCUCAUUUAUUCUGCUGUUCGUUUCAUAUACAAAUAACAGUCAUCAAGUUACUCAUACUCGUAUUUAACAUAUUAACAUGUUUCAUUUCAUUAAUUUUUCACUAAACUAUAAUGUAACACACACACAUUCUCGGAAAAGAAACCAUUUUAUUAUAUGACAACGUUUGAUUUGUGAGAUUCUUAUUAUCACACGACUAAUUACAAAAAUAUAAAUAAAAUAUUGUUUUGGUGAACUAGGCAGUGCUGGUCAGUAACGAAAUUAACUAAGCGCAUCUCUUUACAACGACAGUUGGAACAAACUGAACUGCAAAAUUGUUUAACUUUAUGAGAUAAAUCAACAAUUUUAGCAAUUUGUUAAAAAUUAUUUCUUCAGAAUUAUCAUCAACUGCAUUGUUUCGGGACAAACUUGGCAUUUCCGGGUCAUGUGACAGUUGUUUAUCUCUGUCAUCAGGGGGUGAUCUCAAACUACGCUAUUUUCAACAAAACGACUCUUUAAUAAUUACAACAAAAAAGGUUUCAAAAUGAAACGAAUCUAUAUGUAAAUGAAAGAACUAUAAUAUUUCAAUUACCUUUUGCAUACUAAAUAAAAAGUGAAUUACAAUAAAAUGACAGGGUAUACUUUUUCUGUUACUCUUAGCAAUAUUCCAGAGUGACAAUCACUAAAAGUUCUCACUGAAAUCGUUUUCACGGUUGACAUCUAAGCAUGUAUUAGGUGAAGUAUAAAUAUUGGUCAAAGUCAGGAAAUAUAGAUUGUUUUGAUAAUUAUUUGAUAUAAACAGUCGUGCAUUCAAAUGAAAUUUUUGUUACUACUACGUUUAUAUAUUUAGUGUAUCAAACUGUGUUGUAACAGGGUAACAGUGUUUCGAGUACACAAUUAUUUAUAGUCUUAAGGGAAGGUAGUCCUACUGUAAUCCAAAUUGACACAAAUUCUACACCAUUUCACUUUUGCUAAUUCCCGUUAUCUAUCGGAUAACCGGAUAACAAGUAUUAUUAUUGAAUUUUACUCAGCAUAUUCAGUUUGAAAAUUAGAACUCCGCGAGUCGGAUUUGUCGCCUUGUGAAUGUAGUUUAGGAGAAAUGGCCAGGACAAAAAUGAAAUAGGAAAAAUAACAAAGGGCAAUAACUAAAAAAUUGAUAAGUGCAGAGCAGCAGUUUCUGUGCACUGCACUUCUUAUCAAUAAGGUCUAUCAUUCUAUGAUGUUUCAAGCCCAUAGCUUUCAUACUUGAGGAGAAAUGAGCAGGGCAAAAAUAAAGAAAGAAAAUCAACAAAGGACAAUAACUAAAAAAAUAAGAAAUGCAGAGUAUCAGUUCUUAUGCACUGCACUUUUUCUUAAUGAGAUCUAUCAUAAUAUGAAGUUUCAAGUCCAUAACUUUUAUACUUUCGGAGAAAUGGCCUGGACAAAAAAUAAAUAUGAAAAUAAACAAAGGGCCAUAUCUCAAAAAUUAAGGAAUGCAGAGUAACGUUUUUGUGCACUGCACUUCUUCUUAAUGAGAUCUAUCAUCCUAUGAAGUUUCAAGUCCAUAGCUUUUACACUUUCGGAGAAAUGGCCCGGACAAAAUUAAAGUAUGAAAAUAAACAAAGGGCAAUUACUCAAAAAAUAAGAAAUGAAGAGUACCUGUUCUUGUGCACUGCACUUUUUCUUAAUGAGACCUAUCAUCCUAUGAAGUUUCAACUCCAUGGCUUUUAUACAUUAGGAGAAAUGGCCCGGACAAAAAUAAAGUAUGAAAAUUAACAAAGGGCAAUAAUUCAAUAAUUAGGAAGUGCAGAGUACCGGUUCUUAUGCACUGCACUUCUUCUUAAUGAGAUCUAUCAUCCUAUGAAGUUUCAAGUCCAUAGCUUAUUUAGUUGAAGAGAAAUGGCCUGGACAAAAUUAAAGUACGAAAAUUAACAAAGGGCAAUAACUCAAAAAAUAAGAACAGCAGAGUACCGGUCCUUGUGCACUGCACUUUGGGUUAUUGAAAGAAGCAUGCAUACAAAGUUUGAAGUCAAUCAGACUUAUAGUGACUGAGUUAUGCUCCAGGCAAGCUUUAGGGGACGCCGACAACGACGCCGACACAGACGCCGCCGACAAAAGUAACCCCUAUAUGUCACCUUUUCAAGGCGACACAAAAAGUACAUGUAUUUUAAAUUAAACUUAAUUAUAGCAUUUCAGUUCAUCAGAAAAAAGUACUCAAGAUUAUGCAUUAUAUAUUGGUUAAUCUGAUACUGACCGCAAUAGCUGAUAUGACGAUGGCAAUACUCAAAUUAUAUUAGAAUGGGGCUACCAAACAAAUCAAAGCAGUCACUUUGUUCCUGCAAGGUUAAAUUACCAUUUUAAAAGUGAAACCAUUAAUACAAUUUAAUUUCAUAUAUUUGUAACAAAUAUUUUAACACCAGUCACAAGUCUAGAUUAUUUGACUCCCACUUGUACUUCCUAUCAACUCUGAAACGCAUUGGAGGUUCGGUUCUGUAAAUGGUGACAUAAUCUUUUGAUAAAGGUUUCAUAUUUCUUAAUAUGCAAAAAUAUAUAUUAAAGGAUAAUAAUGACUUAGAAUUUUAUAAUGUUACAUAGGUAACAGUAUUUUUUAACAGUAUAAAAUUUGGUCACGUCGUCUAUUUUCUGAAUAAAAUGAAAUAAAAUGGC